GGCCUGGGGCCUGCGGAGGGGCAGGCUGGGGGCAGCAGAGCCUGCAGGGCUAUGAGGAAUCAGGUUGAUAGUGAGUCAUCUGAGAAAUGGCCACACACUUCAGAUCGGCUGGUAAGAAAUGUACAGUGAUCGGUGGGUCAGGAUUCUUAGGCCAGCACAUGGUGGAGCAGCUCCUGAAGAAAGGUUACACAGUCAACGUGUUCGAUAUUCAGAAGAGAUUUGAUAAUGACCGAGUGCAGUUCUUCCUGGGGGACCUUUGUGACAAAGAGGCUUUGCUCCCAGCUUUACAAGGUGUGUCCGUGGCAUUUCAUUGUGCAUCACCAGCACCUUCAAGUGACAACAGGGAACUGUUUUAUAAAGUGAAUUUUAUGGGAACCAAAGCAGUCGUUGAAGCCUGCAAAGAAGCUGGAGUGCAGAAACUGGUGUUAACUAGCAGUGCAAGUGUAGUUUUUGAGGGCACAGACAUAAAAAAUGGAUCAGAAGAUCUCCCUUACGCCAAAAAACCUAUCGACUAUUACACAGAGACGAAGAUCCUACAGGAGAAGGAGGUGCUCAGUGCAAAUGACCCAGGCAACAAUUUCUUCACUACUGCUAUUCGUCCCCAUGGAAUAUUUGGUCCUAGAGACCCUCAGCUGGUUCCCAUCCUCAUCCAAGCAGCUAAGAGUGGCAAAAUGAAGUUCAUAAUUGGGGAUGGAAAGAACUUGGUAGAUUUCACUUAUGUGGAAAAUGUGGUCCAUGGACACAUCCUAGCUGCAGAAAAUCUUCAGAAAGACUCUCCUCUGUGUGGGAAGGCAUUUCAUAUCACAAAUGAUGAACCAGUUCCUUUCUGGGCUUUCAUGUCCCGUAUCUUGACUGGCCUGAACUACGAUCCUCCCAAGUAUCAUAUUCCCUAUUGGCUGGCACAUUACCUGGCCUUAUUCCUGUCUCUAGUGCUGUGGCUGCUAAGUCCACUGGUCACCAUCAAGCCCACUUUUACCCCUAUGCGGGUUGCAUUAGCUGGAACGUUUCACUACUACAGCUGUGAACGGGCCAAAAGAGACAUGGGCUACAAACCAGUGGUGAGCUUGGAUGAAGCAAUAGACAGGACUCUGCAGAGCUACCCCCACCUACGCCGGGCUAAGGCCUGAGAAGUCCGAGAUGGAUUUUUUUCUACUCGAUUUUCAUAAUUGCUUUGACAUCUUAACAUGAACACUGAAGCAAAUUUCACUAAUUCUCUGGAACAGGGAAUUUUCCCAAAGUCCUUCUUCCUCCUCACCAUUAUCAAGACAGCUUUAUUUGGGUUGAAAAGAACUCAUGUUGGAGCUGUCCUAACAGUUCUCUUCUUUGAUGUGACUUCUUGUUUUGAAACAGCUGCUGAACCCUAUGGACUAUGAAUAAACACCCUCCUGUGUCCUCUUCAAUCCCAGCCCAGCACAUCAGCAUUCCUUCGUCUUUUCUCUCCGCCCUUGUCCUCUGUUUGUUGCUCUGGUGAUAACAGCCGCCUCUUCUCAUAGCUGCAGACUGGUUAAUGAAAUACUUCUCACGACUGGUUCCUCUCUGUGUUUUUUUUCUGUACAAAAGUAAUGAGAGAGAGGCUCAUGCCAAAAAGAAGUUCGGCCACCAUCUCUUAAAUCAUUGCAAUUAAUUUUGUUAUUCCCUCCAUGAUUGGUGGGUGAUUUGGCUUCUUACUGAGGCAUCAGAAUGAAACCUGCGAAAAGACCUCUCUUUGUAAGGAAGCAUGUGCCUUUGUUUCUGCAGGAUCCUAUUUCUUUCUAUUCAAAAAUAACCCAAAUAAAUCAAGAAGAGAUGACUUCCUAA